GCAGAAGAACUUAAAAUAGCAGAGAUGGCGAAGCUCAGGCACGCUAACAAGCUUUACAACGAGAAGAUUGCUCAGGAGAGGCGUGAACAGCGGGCAAAGGAGAAGGAGGAACGUGAGCAAAAGGCCGAGGAAGCAGCCGAACGCAAGGCUCAAAGAGAGCGUAAUAAACAAGCUCGCGACGCUGAAAAAGCUUUAAAAUUGCCCCAAAGACACAAUCGCAAAGCUUCAGCAGCUCCUGCAGCAAGAAUACCAAAGAAGCGUUGUACUAUGACCACAGUACGUGGUGUUGCUGCUGCAGAGCCUCCUGCGGCACCUCGCACCCACACCACCCGUAGCAGCAGAACCGCAACUCUAUAUAAUUAA